AUGUGGGUCCCAUCUGCCCUCAAACCCCAAGACCAUCCCUUCCUGGUGGUCCCCACGAACAACUUGGAAGAGUGGAGAAAAGAAGCAUAUUUCAAAAAGAAGGAAGGAGAAAGAAGGUUCAGAGUUAAGAAAAGAGAGUGUGGUUUUGUUGUUGAUCGAUGUGGUGGUAGGCUGCAGGCUUCGUCAAAAGGAAAACAGAGUAAGAGAGAAAAAGAAGAAGAGGCCAAAAAAAAACAAAAGGGGAUAAACACAAACAACGGAAGAGGUGCAUUUUAA